UCUCUCUUAAAAAAAAAAGUUGACCUUAUCCUUCCUUCCUUUCCAUGGCGAAGGCGCAGGCGCAGCUCGUCUCCCUCUCCUUCCCACCUCCCGCGCCACCCUCCGCCCGCCCCCGCCACGCGCCGCCGCUCCUCAAUGCGGCGGCGCUGCGCACCGGCGUGCCGCCCUACUCCGCCGGCGUCCUCGUCUCCCUGCUCCGGGACUGCGCCGACCUCCACGGGGAUGACACCGACCACCGCGUCGCGCGCCGCCUGGCCCCGCAGCUGCACUCGCUGGCGGUCAGGACCGGCCUCUCGCGGGACCCCCGGGUGACGUGCGCGCUCGUCGACCUCCUCGCGCGCCUCGGCCGGGGUCCCUCCUGCGCGCGCCUGCUCCACGAGGCGGCGGAGGACGGCGCCAAGGACGCCGUGCUGUGGAACAAGCACGUCGCCAUGCUGGCCGAGGCGGAGGAGUGGGACGAGGCGAUCGCCGUCUUCAGGGAGAUGCAGGCGCGCGGGGUGCCCGCCGACGGGUACACCUGCGCGCGGGUGCUCCACGCGUGCGGCCGCGCGGGGGCGCUCCGCGAGGGGAGGGCCGUCCACGCGUACGCCCUCAAGCUCGCCCUGGACGCGCACCCGCUCGUGCCCGGAUUCCUCGCCGGCAUGUACGCCGAGAACGCCGACGUUGCGGCGGCCACUAGGGUGCUCGACGCGAUGGGGGCGGGCAGCGUCGUGCCGUGGAACGCGGUCGUCGCGUGCUGCGCGCGGCUCGGACUCGUGGACGACGCCCUGGAGCUCGCGGCGCGCAUGUCCAGGUCGGGGCCGGAGCCCAACGUCGCGACGUGGAACACCGUGCUGUCCGGCUGCUCCCGGCACGGCCGCGACCGGGAAGCGCUCGGCGUUGUCGCCAGCAUGCUGAAGCAAGGGCUGCGACCGGACGCCACCACCGUGUCGAGCCUCCUCAAAUCAGUGGCCAACACGGGGCUGCUUCGCCAUGGCAUGGAAAUCCACUGCUUCUUCCUGAGGAACCAGCUCGAGCCGGACGUCUACACGGGGACGGCUCUCGUCGACAUGUAUGCCAAGUGCGGCCGCCUCGAUUGCGCCCAGAAGGUGCUCGACGCGCUGGAGCACAGGAACCUGACCACCUGGAACUCGCUGGUCGCAGGGUACGCCAACGCCGGGCGGUUCGACAUAGCGCUGGAGCUCGUGGAAUUGAUGAAGAAGAACAGGCUUGAUCCGGAUAUAACCACUUGGAAUGGUCUGAUCACUGGUUACUCCAUGAACGGCCAGAGCUCGCAGGCGGUGCUGCUGCUCCGGCAGAUCAAGGCAGCUGGUGUGACGCCCAAUGUGGUCUCAUGGACGUCAUUGAUCUCGGGUAGCUGCCACAAUGGGGAGUAUGAAGAUUCAUUCUACUUUUGUCAUGAGAUGCAGAAGGAUGGUGUCCAGCCCAGCUUGGUUACCAUGUCAGUGUUGCUCCGGGCUUGCGCUGGAUUAGCUCUGCAAAAGAAGGGCAAGGAGCUGCAUUGCUUCGCGCUGCGAAGAGCAUAUGACUGUGACAUGGUUGUGAGCACAGCGUUAAUUGACAUGUACUCGAAGGGUGGAAGCUUGGUUAGUGCAAAAGUGAUAUUUGAAAGCAUUCAGCAGAAGAAUUUGGUGCUCUGCAAUGCAAUGCUAACUGGUCUGGCAGUCCAUGGGCAAGGUCGCGAAGCAAUAGAACUGUUCCAUGAUAUGUGGAACUCAGGAUUGAAGCCGGACUCCAUAACCUUCACUGCACUUCUAACUGCCUGUAGAUCGAUGGGCUUGGUUACAGAAGGGUGGGAGUACUUCGACAGUAUGGAGACUAAGUAUGGUGUAAAGCCAACGACAGAGAAUUAUGCCUGCAUGGUUGACCUCUUGGCAAGGUGUGGUUAUCUUGAUGAGGCAAUGGAUUUCAUUGAGAGGUCACCGAUUGAUCCAGGAGCAAGCCACUGGGGGGCACUUCUCACAGGAUGCUCAAUACAUGGGAAUCUUGCUCUUGCAGAGGUGGCUGCGAGGAAUUUGUUCAUACUGGAGCCUUACAAUUCAGCCAACUAUUUGUUGAUGAUGAAUUUGUAUGAGUAUGAACGGAUGUAUGAUGAAGCUGAGAGCCUGAAAUAUGCAAUGAAAGCAAGAGGAGUGGAUAGUAGACCUGGGUGGAGUUGGAUACAGAUUGAGCAAGGUAUCCAUGUCUUUGAGGUCGAUGGGAAGCCGCAUCCUGAAACUGCAGAGAUAUAUGAAGAGCUUAUUCGUCUGGUGUUUCAAAUAAAAAAGGCAGGAUAUGUGCCAGACACCAGCUGCAUAGCGUAUAAUGUUCAGGAAGAAGAGAAAGAGAAGCUUCUCCUUGGCCAUACUGAGAAGCUUGCUAUCACUUAUGGGCUGAUCCGCUCAGAUGCAAGUAGAGCGCCUGUCAGGGUGAUGAAGAACACCAGGAUGUGCAACGACUGCCAUGAGGUGGCAAAGCAUAUCUCUUCUCUAUGUGAUCGACAAAUUAUUCUUCGUGAUGCUGUUAGGUUUCACCAUUUUGUGGAUGGGAAAUGUUCUUGCAAUGAUUACUGGUUAUAUGACGCGGAAGAGUGAGUGUGCCAGUUCGAGAAGAGGGUGAGAAGGAGAAGAUGGAGAAGGAGGAGAGGAAGGUAAAAUGACCUCUCAGUUCUUUUACUUUCAGUAUAGGUUGGAUGGAUCUGUGAAUAGUGAAUUAUAUUGGGCAAUUCAGGCUGUCUGGGCAUUGAGCUACUAGUACUAGCUAAGUAGGGUUCCACCACCUCUCCGUAGUCCAGUGGCCACCACCUCUACGUCGUCGGCACUUGGGCAGCAAACAAGAAGGACUAGUGUCGCUAGUUGCCAAUCCCAGGCGGUCGUGCCCGAUCUUGUGGACAGGGACGAAUUGCAGGACGCCAGAUUUUCGUACGAGGAUUGGAGCUGUCUGUCACCAAUUCCCGCGUGGAGGACGAGGAUCCCACGCCGUCGCCGUCGCCGUCGGCGGCGCUGACAGUAUCUUGUUCUCGGACGAGCUGAGGACGCGUCGCGUCCGAUCGAUGUCUCGCGCGGCGCGCCUGGGGGCAAGUCACAGAGAAUUCCUUCACCGGCCUCGCCGAACACAAGCUCUGGUUCGGCCUCUCCAGGAAUCGUGAUGCAGGUUACCCCUGUUGCGCCUGCGACCUCGCCGCCGCCGCAUUCCCCAUUCUAUAAUGUUUUUUAAAACAUCAAUUAACCAGGGGAUCUCCUGCAGAGCCAGAUACUUAACUUCUAUUUCUGUAAAUGUCGGUAUGAUUACGAUUUGUAUACAGAACUAAAAAAUGAAUUGAAUUUCAUAUGCAUCGUCUCUUGCUUUUUUUUUUAA